AUGUCACCAGGUUAUUACAGAUGCUUUGUAAAGGACUAUGCAAAGGUUGUCAGGCCGCUGAAUUACCUACUUGUUGGUCAUCCCACUAACAAAGAUUCCAAGAAGUCAAAGAAGAAGAAAACUCCAUGGAUACGAGGAGACCAGCAGCAGAAGGCCUUUGAGGACAUUACGCAUAUUCUAACCAAUCAACCAGUACUUGGAUAUGCUGAUUUUACUAAACCAUUUCUCGUUUCUGUCGAUGCGUCUACAGAGGGUAUUGGCGCCGUACUUUAUCAGGAACAGAAUGGUUUGGAGCGUGUCAUCAGCUACGCCAGUAGAGGUUUUCGUGCAAGCGAGAGGAACUACCCUGCGCACAAGCUGGGGUUUCUGUGUCUGAAGUGGGCCAUCUCGGAAAAUGUUCACGACUACCUUUAUGGAAACACCUUCAUCGUAGACGGUCAGGAUGUGUUGCAGCUAGUUUUACUAGAGAGCUACAGAGACUGGGCCAUGAAAGGACUCCAUGAUGAUGUCGGUCACCAAGGACGAGACAGGACAUUUUGGUUGGUGAAGCAGCGGUUCUUCUGGCCAGGCCUGGAGAAGGAUGUAGUGCAAACGGCUCGAACCUGUCCCAACUGCCUGAGGAGGAAGUCAUCUACCAAAGCCCAAGCACACCUGUCCAAGGGUGUAUACGAGAACAUCCUCGUCAUCACGGACAACUUCACUCGCUACGUCCAAGCCAUACCAACUCGAAACCAGACUGCACAGACCACGGCUAGAGUCCUGUUUGAGAAUUUCUUCUCCAACUACUCGUUUCCAGCAAGACUGCAUAGCGACCAGGGAAGAAGCUUCGAGAGCAUGGUCAUUAGGGAUUUAUGUAGCAUAGCAGGAGUGCAGUAG